AUGAAGGCUUUCAUGGAGGGUGCAGACCUUUGGGAUGCAGUGGUUGAAGAUUAUGAUAUUGUUCCACUACCAGCAAAUCCGACCCUCAAUCAGAUCAAGAUUCACAAGGAAAGAGUCACUAGAAAGGCCAAUGCUAAGUCAUGCUUAUACUCUGUUGUUUCUCCUACUAUGUUUACUCGAAUUAUGAGGCUUGAUUCUGUGAAAGCCAUAUGGGAUUAUCUAAAGGAUAAAUAUGAAGGAGAUGAGAGGAUUAGGGGCAUGAAAGCAUUGAAUCUGGUAAGGGAGUUUGAGAAGUUACAAAUGCAGGAAGGACAAAAUGUGAGGGAAUAUGUGGAGAAGCUGGUACAAAUUGCAAAUAAAGUAAGGAUUAUGGGGUCCAACAUUAGUGACGAAAGGUUGGUCCAGAAAAUUUUAGUGUCAGUCCCUGAGAAGUUCGAGGCAACAAUUGCCUCUCUUGAAAACACUAGGGAACUCUCAGACCUCAAACUGUCUAAAGUACUUAGUGCUUUGGAAGCUCAGGAACAUAUAAGGAUACUAAGAAAAGAGGAGCCAGUAGAGGGUGCUCUGCCAGCAAAGUUUAAAAGGAAUGAGAUGAGAAAGGGAAGAAAUGGCAACAACAUAAGAAGUAUGGCAGUGAUGCUGGUAAGCAAGGAAACACCAGCACAUGGAACCAGGAAAGGAAGUGGAGUGCAAGCCCCUGUAAGCAUUGUGGAAAGAAGGGUCAUGCAUACUUUAAGUGUUGGAGAAGGCCGGAUGUUAAAUGCAAGAAGUGCCACAAGAUUGUACACAUGGUGGCUAUCUGCAAAGAAAAACACACUGAGCACCAGGGAGAGUCAUAAUUCAGCAAGUAAUGAGGUAGAUGAACUCUUUGUAGUGACUUGUUUCAUUUCAAAUGCAAUUAAGGAUGGGUGGUUAGUCGACAGUGGAUGCACUAAUCACAUGACUAACAAUGAAGCUUUGUUUAGAACUCUAGAAAAAUCUAUAAAGUCCAGAGUAAGGAUAGGAAAUGGAGAGUUCAUAGCAGGUGAAGGAAAUGGUGAUGUAAUGCUUGAAGGUCCAGCAUGCACCAAAUUGAUUUCUCGUGUACUACUUGUGCUAGAAAUAGACCAGAACCUGUUAAGUGUAGGUCAGUUGGUCGAGAAAGGCUAUAAAGUAAUGUUUGAGAAAGGGAAAUGUGUGAUUGGUGAUGCUGAGGGACAGGCUUUGUUUGAGAUUCCCAUGAAGGAAAAGUGCUUCUCAUUCAACCCUCUGGAUGAGAGACAGGUUGCUCUGUUUAGUCAGGAAGAUGAGGAAGAGAUCUGA